AUUCGUCUCCUUUUUCGAUAUCGAGAUUACCACUCGCGCAUAAAGCGAGAGUAGCGAGUGGGCUGGCGCCGGUGAAUCCGAGCUCAAUCUCGGGUUCAUCUACCGAGGCCCCGUUUCGUUCUCGUCGCUUUCUCCAUCCUGCGAGCAGAUAUGGCUGGACUUGCACCAGAAGGAUCACAAUUUGAUGCUCAUCAAUAUGAUGCUAAAAUGAAUGAUCUGCUUAAUGCGGACGGACAAGAUUUCUUUACCUUGUAUGAUGAGGUUCAUGAAAGUUUCGAUGAAAUGGGGCUCCAGGAAAAUCUUCUCAGAGGCAUCUACGCAUAUGGUUUUGAGAAACCCUCUGCAAUUCAGCAAAGAGGUAUAGUUCCUUUCUGUAAGGGAUUAGAUGUCAUUCAGCAAGCACAGUCAGGGACAGGAAAAACUGCAACUUUUUGUUCUGGAGUCCUGCAGCAGCUUGAUUAUGGUUUGGUUAAAUGCCAGGCCUUGGUUCUUGGUCCUACUAGAGAACUAGCACAACAAAUCGAGAAGGUUAUGCGGGCACUCGGUGACUAUCUAGGUGUUAAGGUUCAUGCAUGUGUUGGGGGAACUAGUGUCCGUGAGGAUCAACGAAUUCUUUCAAGUGGCGUCCAUGUCGUGGUUGGUACUCCAGGUCGUGUGUUUGAUAUGUUGAGGAGGCAGUCCCUUCUACCUGACUACAUCAAAAUGUUUGUGUUGGAUGAGGCGGAUGAAAUGCUCUCACGUGGUUUCAAGGACCAGAUUUAUGACAUCUUCCAGCUACUUCCUCAGAAAAUUCAGGUUGGCAUCUUCUCUGCCACCAUGCCACCUGAGGCCCUUGAGAUAACCAGAAAAUUCAUGAACAAACCAGUUAGAAUCCUUGUGAAGAGAGAUGAACUUACCCUAGAGGGUAUUAUGCAGUUCUACGUCAACGUCGACAAGGAAGAGUGGAAGCUUGAUACUCUUUGUGACAUCUAUGAAACAGUGGGCAUCACACAAAGUGUUAUCUUUGUUAAUACCCGACGCAAGGUAGAUUGGCUCACUGACAAGAUGAGAAGCAGGGAUCACACGGUCUCAUCAACUCAUGGUGACAUGGAUCAGAACACUAGGGACAUUAUAAUGCGUGAAUUCCGUUCUGGAUCCUCUCGUGUUCUCAUCACCACUGAUCUUCUUGCUCGUGGUAUCGAUGUCCAGCAAGUCUCACUCGUGGUAAACUAUGAUUUACCAACCCAACCAGAGAACUAUCUCCAUCGAAUCGGACGAAGUGGACGGUUUGGAAGGAAGGGUACUGCAAUAAACUUUGUCACUCGUGAUGACGACAGAAUGUUACUUGAUAUCCAGAGGUUCUACAAUGUGGUGAUAAAUGAGCUGCCUUCCAAUGUUGCUGAUAUUAUCUAAAGAGCGCCUUCUCUCCUAACUUGAUAUCUAACUUUGCCUUUUUCUUUCCAAGUAAUUGUCAAACCAUCUAUUUUUGGUGGUAAGUUUUGGACCAUUUUCUUUCAUAGUAAGUUUAAACAAUUUAUUUUCUUA